AUGAAAGGAAUUUCAUAUUAUAUUGAAAAAUUUUUUAAAUACAAAGUAUUAUUAAUUUCUAAAAAUCCAAAAAUAUUUAUAUAUAUACCUGUUAUAAUAACAAUCUUAUCUAUAUAUACAAUUUCAAAUACUAAAAUUAUUACAAAAGAAUCUCUUGAAAUUUUCUUACCAAAAACUUUAAAGGCAUAUGAAGAUGCUGAAAAGAUUAAACAAUUUUUUUCAUCAAAUGAAUUGAUAAGAGAUGAAUAUUAUAUACUUGAUAAAAAGAUAGCUUAUUUUAUAAUUGAAGAUACAACUGAUAAAAAAAAUAUUCUUAGAAAAUCAGUUCUAGAAAUAGUAUCAACAAUACAUAAUCAAGUAAUGAAAAUUAGAACACAUAAUAAAAAAAAUUUCAAUGAUAUAUGUUUGAAGAGGAAUACAAUUUGUCAACAACAUCCAAUAGUAUUAUUAAUGAGAAAAGAUAAUGUUUAUGAAACAACAAAAUUAAUGGCACGGUAUCCUUUUAUUAAUUUUGGCAACAUGACAAUUGAUAAUACAUUUAUUUUUGGUGAUGUUAAAUUAAAUAAAACAUUAACUGAUAAAAGAGGUAAUUCACAAAUUAUAAAAGCUAGAAGUAUAAAAAUUCCCUAUCAAUUGGAUGAAAAUGUUCAUGAGAUAGAAGAAUGGAUGUGUUUAUUUGAUAAAGAACUUUCAAAAAUAAUUCCAAAAAAAGGAAUUAAUUUAUUUUAUACAACAUCAACAUCGUUACCUCGAGAGUUAAGUAAAAAUGGUGAAGAUCUUAUUCAAUAUCUUCCCUGGAUGGGAUUACUAUUAAUUAUUUCAACAACAAUUUUUUGUAUCUCAAAAAAAAAUCCAAUAUCAAGAAUACUUUUAGGCUUUUUUUCAUUAUUAAAUGCAGGAAUGGCUGUUAUCACAUCCAUAGGUAUCUUAAUUGGUAUUGGUUUUCCUUUUCUUGAAAUUGUUUACAUUAUACCAUUUUUAAUGUUAUCAAUAGGUACAGAUAAUAUGUUUUUAAUGCUUCAAGCAUGGAAAGAAAAAAAUGAAAAGGCAAAUGCAAAUGAUAAUAAUGUUGAAAAUGUUUUAUCAAAAGCAAUAGGUGAAGUUGGGUGUUCUAUUUUAAUGGCAACUUUAACAGAUUCAAUAUCAUAUUUUAUUGGAUCUUUUAGUACAUUUUAUAUUGUUAAAGUUUUUUGUACUUAUUGUACAUUAUCAAUAAUUGUGAUGUUUAUUUACCAAAGUAGUUUUUUGACAGGUAUUAUGAUAAUUACAUGUAAAAUGGAAAUUAAUGACAAAAGUACAAAAUUAGGUGCCACUCAACUUGAGUACUAUGGUUGUAAAUUAUCAGAAGUAUAUUCAACAAUUAUAGAAAAAUACACAGAAUUGUUGGAGAAAAAAUUAUCACCCUUAAUUGUUGGUGUAAUUUUUUUGCUAUAUUUAUUACUUUCUGGAUAUUAUUUUAUUAAUAUUAAUAUUGGUAUUCAAUUAGAAACACUAUCACAAUCAGAUUCACAUGUAACAAAAGAAAUCAUUGCUUCAGAAAGAUUAUAUAAUGACUAUGGAUUAUAUUCUCUUGUUGUAAUAAAUGUUUCAAAUAUCUCUUUAUCAUCAUAUCAAGAACGAAAUAAACUGAUAAAGUUAUAUGAAAAAUUUACUUCAACAACAAAUCUUCUCUCACCAGAUGUUUUUUUUCUAAGAAUUUUUAACAAAGUUUUUCCAUAUACAUUUCAAACAGAAGAAAUAUUUGAAAAAUUUUUAUUACUCACUUUAACAAAACCAAGUCUAUCAAAAUACAAAUCUGAUUUUUCAUAUAAUAAAAAAAAUGAUAGUUUUUGUUCAAAAAUAAAUUAUAUCAAGAUGGUCUUUCGGCAACGGCAAUUCUCACCUUCUAAUAUUAUGAAAAGACAUCAACAUUUGAAACAAAUUUUAAAUGAAAGUAAUUAUACUGGUUUUGUUUACGAUAAUUCAUUUAUUAAAAUAGAUCAAGAUAAAUUAACUAUUGAAAGUUGUAUUCAGAAUGUUAUUAUUGCUACAAUAACUAUUAUUGGAGUAUUUAUUUUAAUAAUUCCAAAAGCAAUUCGUUCACUUGGAUGUGUUAUUGUAUCAAUUCUUUCAAUUAAUAUUGGUGUAGGAGGUCUCCUUUCAGCAACUGGAGUUAGAUUAGAUAUCAUUUCAAUGAUAACAAUGGUUAUGAGUAUUGGAUAUUCAGUUGAUUAUGUUUCUCAUGUUGUUCUUCAUUACCUAUCUCAGAAAGAGAAUAAAUUAAAGAAAUCUCUUAAAUUUAUAACUUUACCACUACUUCAAGCAUCAACAACAACUAUAUUAGGUGUAAUAAUAUUAAUAAAUAUUAAUUCUUAUAUUGUAAAAACUUUUACAAUAACAGUUGUCUCUGUAGUUGGAGUGGGACUUUUACAUUCACUACUUUUUUUGCCUGUAGGAUUAAGAUAUCUGGUUAAAGAUAUGGAAUCUCUUGAUAACAAAACAAAAGAUUUAAGUAUAUUAAAUCAUAAUAAUAAUAAUAAUAAUAACUUAAGCUUAAUUAAUACAUCAAAAGACUUUGGCAUAAUAAAUGCCUAUUACAGUUGA